UACGGCAGGAAUAUCUUUCACGAAGGUCAGUCUUAGUCUAGCCAGUGUGCAGGGUAGACGUGUUGCUUCGCUGCCGAUCUUUUUCACUCGUGCAACCUCGCUUCUAACCAACAUGAGCGAACCUAAGAAAAUCUGCAUCGUUGGCUCAGGAAACUGGGGCUCCGCCAUCGCCAAGAUCAUCGGCUCGAACGUCACCAAAUUCGACCAAUUCGACAAUGAAGUCCGCAUGUUCGUCUACGAGGAGAUGAUCGACGGCAAGAAGCUCACGGAGAUUAUCAACACCACGCACGAGAACGUCAAGUACCUGCCCGGAAAGAAGCUGCCCGAGAAUGUGAUAGCCGUGCCAGAUGUCCUGGAAGCAGCCAAGGACGCAGAUGUCCUGGUCUUCGUCAUACCACACCAGUUCAUCAAGAACAUCUGCAAGCCGCUGGUGGGUCAACUCAAGCCCACCGCCGUCGGCAUCUCGCUUAUUAAGGGUUUUGACAUAGCCGAAGGUGGUGGUAUUGCCCUCAUCUCCAGAAUCAUCUGUGAUUUCGUAAAUGUCCCCAUGUCAGUCCUUAUGGGAGCCAACCUUGCAGGAGAGGUCGCUGAUGAAAAGUUUUGUGAGACAACCAUAGGUUGUCGCGACCCCACAGUUGGCCGGAUGUACAGGGACCUCAUCCAGACAGAUUACUUCAGAGUUGUUGUUGUUGAUGAUGUUGAAGCUGUUGAAGUGUGUGGUGCUCUGAAGAAUAUUGUUGCCACUGGUGCUGGAUUUAUUGAUGGUCUUGGUUUUGGUGACAACACAAAGGCAGCUGUGAUUAGAUUAGGCCUUAUGGAAAUGAUCAAAUUUUGUGAAGUAUUUUAUCCAGGUUCCAAACUAGGCACAUUCUUUGAAAGUUGUGGAGUUGCUGAUCUUAUCACAACUUGCUAUGGUGGCAGGAACAGGAGAGUAGCAGAGGCUUUUGUGAAGACUGGAAAGACAAUUGAAGAACUGGAAAAGGAGAUGCUGAAUGGCCAGAAGCUACAGGGACCACAAACUGCUGAAGAAGUUAAUUACAUGUUGAAAAACAAGGGGAUGGAAGAUCGGUUUCCACUUUUCUCCUCCAUACAUCGCAUUUGCAUGGGCGAGAUUCCCCCGGCAGAAAUGGUAAACUGCAUCAGGAACCAUCCAGAACACAUGUGUACAUUCGACAAGGAACACACCACUGUCACAGGCAACCACGACUGAUGAAGAGAAGACUGAGCAUAGGCAGUUGUCAUCCAUCCCAGUUCUGCUAUAUUACAUCACCAGUCUUCCUGAAAAUUUGAAGCACAUUCUUGAAGUGGAAAAUUUUGAAUUAUAUAUAUAUAUACAUAUAUAUAUAUAUAUAUAUAUAUAUAUAUAUAUAUAUAUAUAUAUAUAUAUAUAUAUAUUAUAUGUAUAAUUUUUUCCUUUUUUUUUCUCUCUCUUUUUUUUACUAUGAUAUGAUAGCAAAUGCUAACUUAAAGAUAGGAUGCAAACCAUUUACUGUAGAGUGUGAGCACUAUUUUAUAUAUUGUAAAAAUAUAGAUGAAAAUUUAUCUUUUCAUGAAAAAUUUGUUGUUUUAUGCAGUAUUGAUUGAUCCAAUGCACCUUCUUUAGUAUUUUGACUUAAAGCAUUCUGGUUAUGUUUGGAUAUAUGACCUUGAAAUACAAAAAUAAAAGAACUUUUGGGGAUGCAUUGAAUGGCACUAACUUUUUUGUCUGGUACUGAAUUGUGUUCAAAUGAGUUUUUGAAAUAUUAGAUGAGUUAGUCUUCUUUGUAUAAGAGAUCUUCAUACAAUUUUGUUAUUUGUAGAACUAGUUCUGAAAACCAUUAUUUACAGGAAAAUAUUCCUUUCUAGAUACACUGAAUACUCAGUUACCAUUAUUACAUAGCGACCAUAUACUUAUGCUCAACUAUUUUUAGUAAUUCCUGUUCAAACCCACCCUUUUGGUGCUACAAACCUCUUUGAUUCUUAAAAAAAAAAAAUAAAUGAAAAUGAGUUACCAAUAAAACUAAGUGAAGAGCUGAAAUACCCCAUUUCUGUGCAGAUAUUAAGUUAAUAGUCCUGCUUAAAUACAUGGAUGCAAUGUCAGUGCCAUGCUAGCUUCAUGGCAAGAUAAUUCCCUUUGGUCUCCUGAUCAUGUUUUGAGCAGCUUGAACCAUGAGUAGCAAGUGUAGAGCAGAAGAAAGCUAGCACUUUAUGAAUCUUUCUUGUUUGUUUGCAGCAUAUAGAUACAGGCUUUUUAUCAUCUGGUAACUUACUGGACUGAAAUAGAAAUAUGAAAGUUUUGGAUUGCCAUUGUUAGUAACGAUUGCAGCUUUGGUUCUGUACAUAAAUAGUCACAUUGUGAUUUCGGAAGUCUACCUAUUGUUGUGCCAUUAUUACCUAUAUUUUGAAAUUAGAUUGUAUGAGGUGAAUAUCAUACGAUUUCCAUGAGUGAAAUGAAAACCGGUCUGAAUGCAUAAUAGUUAUAUAUAUCUAGUUUCGUUUCCUUACAUUGUUAUGUUUCUUUUAUUUUUUAUUUUUCUCUCCUUUUUUCUUUUGGUGUAAAUCAAAGGUUGUGCAAUUUCUAAAUUUAUAGUACCUUUGUUUGUGUUCUUCAGUUUAUAUUGAAAAUUGUUGAGCAUUUUUCUCAGUUAGAUUAUGGUGGAUUACCUUAGUUUAUGAAGACACAAGUGUGUAAAAGAAAUAGAUGUAAUAUAUGCAGUUGGAGAUUGAUAUCUUAACAUAAAUUAACUAUAUAAACAGUGUAGAAAUUGAUCCUUUAGAAAAAGUUAAAAUUAAGAGAAAUAUUUUUAUCAGUUGUUUUUACAACUACAUUUGUGUAAUGUAAGUGGUGCACUAUUCUAAAAUACAAAAAAUAUUAAUGGAAUGGAGAAAGUUGAUAAAUAAAUGGUGAAUUGAUAA